GACACUGCUGAGGGUCCUGGACGCGGCGCGGCUGCUGGGGAGCCACCACUCGGCGCAGCUCACGACCGAGAGGAUGGCGCUGCCGAAGCACAAGUGGCAGUGCGGUGGAUGUGGGGCACCCGUCCCCAACAGCAUGUGGCACUGCAGAUGCGGAUUCAAGUGGAGACCUCAGAGGACGUCCACAGACCAAGCAGCAGCGGCAGGACGACAGGCCGCAGGUGGCAAGACUGGCAAGAAGCAGAAAGCGCAGCAGCAGACGUUCAGCCAGGAGCACGCGGCCAUCUUCAAAGAUGUUGGCUUUAUGACACUGGAUGAGGCGCGCAGUUGCAAGGACUGGAAGGAGCCGCCCGCCACAGAGCAAGCAGCCCUGAGGACGCCGUUCAAGGCAGCGCUGAUUGCCAGGGCGAAGCGACUGCUUGACGUGGUGCAGGCCAAUAGACGGGCGCAGAAGGAGUCGGCACUGGAAGAACAGGAACUCAGCAUGCUGAAGACAGCGCUCCUCAUGCUGAAGCCCAAGGGAGUGCAACUGCCCGAGCUCACCAAGCUGCGCUUCGACAUGAACACAGAGCUGAAUACGAUCCACGCGCAGCAGAAGCAGCUCCACCAGAGAGCCAUGCUGCUGGAGGUGAGGAUCGCUAAGGUAUAUGAUCAAGAGCAGGAGCUGAUGGCGCAGGACUUGGAGCCUGGGUACACGUCUGAGGAGGAGGAGGGGCCCGACGAGCAGCCCGUGCAGGACUGCGCGCAGCCGUCCCCGACACCCAAGGGGUGGACGACAGGAGCUCCCUGGCGCACCUCCGCCGCAGGAGCUGCCGCCCCUGCCGAUCCAGGACCAGGGGCUGCUCCACGCGCGGGGCACACGCCGAGAGGCUUGCCCCGCCAGCUGCUCACGGUGAAGAAGGAGCACACCUCACAGUCCGCGCCCAGCCAGCAGGUUGAGACGGCGAAGGCGGAGGGCAAUCGGCCAGAGCUUUUCAACCAAGAGGUCGCCCAGGCCAUCAGGCAGCUCCACCAGCGCAUGGACAGCAUCCAGUCACAAUGUCAGCAGCAGCGUGCAGCACCGCCGGCUCCCCCCCAGGCCGUGGAGGCCCAGCAGCUGGCGAUGGCGGCGCGCAUGCAGCAAGAGUGCCAGGCCAUGGAGCUGCGCAUGCAACAGGAGCUGCAGGAGCAGAACUGGGGGGUCAAGCGCAUGCAGCAGGAGCUGGAGGAACGGGAGCGCAUGUUGGCGACACAGCAGAAGGAGUUCAUCCAGGCCGAGACUACUCAGAGGACCAGGUUGGAGGCGCAGCAGAUGGCCAUUUCGCAGGUCACGCAGCAGCACCAGGCGCAGGAUUUUCGGUUGGAGAAUGCUAUGCGAGUACGCUUGGAGGAGGCCAUGCAGCUGGAGGAGUACAACGAGCAGGCCCUGCGCCAGAGGGCUGAGCUUCAGGAGCAAUGCAGAUUCCUUGCAGAGCGCUCGAGUCAGCUACAGGCUCAGUCAGACUCGGCUGCCACACACCUCGACGCCCGCCAGCAAGCUGCAGCCGAGCUGGACGAGGCGAACGGACGCAUACUUGUACAGCAGCAAAAGCGUGCCUGGGAGGAGCAGAGGAAGUACGAGGAGAUGGAGAUCCAGGCGAGACAGCGGUUCCAACAAGCCAUGGAACAGCUGGAGGUGGAAACCAGCGCUGCCCGCCAAGCAAUGGCUCGCAGCACCCAGGAAGCCGCGGAGCGUGCUGCCCUGGAGCAGGCCCAGGCUGCGGAGCUCGCCCAGCAGAAGCACUCCAGCCAGCACAGGGAGGCGGCCAUGGCCAUCCAGCAGGAAUCCGACAGACUGCGCAUGGAGCAGAGGAUCCUGUCCGAAGCCGUGGCCGAGCAGCUCCACAUCAGGGCGCGCGUCCUCAACGACGACCUGCUACUCGAGGAGGAGACCAUUGCACAGCAGUUUCAGCGGGAGGAACUGGCGCUGCAGCAGGAGGAACUACAGGCGGCCUCUGCCAUGAUCCACCGCAGCCGAGAUGAAGCCAAUGGGACGGAUACUCCACCUGCCGAGCAGCCGAGUGAUGCUGGGCAAUGCUACAUUGACUGGCAGCAGGUGCAGGCACACUGGGGCGCAGUGGCUGCUCAUGCCCAAGUUCCGCCAGGGCAGGGCUCCACGGGGGAGUCACACGACAGCCAUUCCCCUGCCCAGCACUCGGAUCAGGGGUCCUCGAGUGGGGGGCCUGUCGUCCUCUCCCCAACGCAGCCUGUGGACCCACGCUGGUGGCUGCCUGGGACUCCAGAGGCAGAUGGCGAAGGAGCUGCCGCCGCCAGACAGGGGAAGCAGGACCAGGACCCCACCCUCGAGAGCAGCGGACGACGCGAUGCAGCCCUGGCAGCCUCCGCCCCCCCGGGUGUCGAGGCCAGCCUGCAGGGGAGGCAGCAACAGCAAGGGGAUCUCGGCAAGCCAGUCAGCGGGGCCUCCAACUCUCCAGCACAGAGCAAGGACAUCACCGCAUCCGCGGGGUCCUCGUCGGCUGGCCUGUCAGACGCCACGCUGCGCGACAACCUCCUGGAUCUCACGGCUACGACCAGACAGCAGCACGUCAAGCAGAGGCUGCUGCAGCACGGGGCCAGGGGCAAGCUCUUCCAGACCAGGGAGAAGGGGCUGGAGGACCUGCGCCGUGCCAAGGAGGCCAAG